GUCACGUGUCAAUCGGUUUAAUCUGGUAACCACCAGUACAUCUGGGAAGAAGAGAUUCAGACUCACCUCAUUAUGGAGGAUUCCAUUGAGAUCAUGCUGCAGGACCACAUGAGCCGGUUUAGUCAUUAUCAUUGCGGUCAGAACCUCACACUGCAGAUUGGAUCGGCCUUCGCUGGUGUCUAUGGGCUCUGGGCCAUGUUUUGUAUGCCUGGACUUAGGGUCCCUUUUAGACUGAAGGUCCCAUUUUUACCUUCAACAAAAGAACAAACUGUAAAUGUCAUCAAGCUUCUAGAUGGACGAAAAGGCCGCCUGGCUGACCUGGGAUCGGGCGAUGGACGUUUGGUGUUUGCUGCAUCAUCUGAAGGAUUUCAAUGCACAGGCUUUGAAAUAAACUCAAUGUUAUUAGCCUAUUCAAGGAGUAAAGCAUGGUGGCGUGGCAUACCACACAAUGACAUUCAUUUUGUCAGUCAGGACUUCUGGCGGACCGACCUGUCCAAAUACAAUAAUGUGACCGUGUUUCUGGCUCCUGCAGUGAUGGAGGUUUUGGAAGAGAAGUUGUUAAAGGAACUUCCUGAGGAUGCCCGAGUCAUUGUGUGUCGUUUCCCGUUUCCUCGCUGGCCCCACAGCUGCACUGUAGGAUCUGGACUAAACCAGGUCUGGGCUUAUGAUGUCCACGGUGCUAAAGAGUUUACCAAUACAGCUCCUCACCGAUCACAGGCCUGAAUCCAUCCGUCACUAUCAAGCAAUCCAAUCCAUUUCAAGCCUAUUUAUGGACACGCAUCUAACUAAAAAUUCUGUGUAUAAGCUACCAAAUGUAAUAUCCCACGCUUCUAAAUCAGGAUAUGAUGAAUAAUAAUUGUCAUAUUAUUUGUAAGAUUUCAUUUAUUUAACAUUGUAAGAUGCAGAUGAGGAUUGAGUUUAUUAAACAUGAACUUUCAAAACUUUGGAAGUGUAUAACUAAAUAAAUGUUUCAUGUUCAUGCAUUUUUAAUCAUUUCAUGCCUACCCAUCUAACUAAAAUAUUUGACCUUGCAUGCUAUUUUAAAUGUGGUUGGGAUGUUUUUGGGUUAUGUUUCAUCAUAUUCUUAUGAAUCUCUUAUGGUCUUUAUAGGGUCAACAUGAUUUACAACAUAAGAUCUGUCGCAUUUACAUACUCCAGAUUGUCAAAUUGUCCACCAUGAUGCCUUUGAUCAUUAAUGGUGCAGGUUAAACACUAAAAUGCUUGUGUGUUUGUUAUUUCUACCAAACAAAUAAUCCUACACACAAACUUGAAUGUGUUACUCAAUUGUUAAUAUAAAUAUUUUCCAGUUGAAUUUAACUAAAUAAAUGAGUCAGUCUAUAAACACUUUAUAUUUCAAGUAAUCUACUUUCUUAGAACAGCAAGAACACACUUGAACUAAUGCAAUACAGAAGUAAACAUUUCCCUCACUUCUGAAGAUCCCUUUAAAUGCAAGAAUUAUGUAAAAUGUGCUACAUUCAUUUGCAUAUAAUAUCAUUUUAUGAUUUAAUUUUAGCAACUUGUGCCUGUUUGUUUGUUUGUUUGUUUAUUUCUUUGUUGAAACAAGUUAGUUAAUCUAAAUCUUAUACAUUUGGAUAUAUAGGUACAUACAGUACGUUAGUAGAUAGAUUAUAAGAGCAGAUUCUUUAAACUUUAGACUCUAUGAUUGAUCUCUACAAAAAGGAAAUGAUAAAUUAUUUUAUAGCAACUAAAAUGCAGGGCUCAACAUAAAGGAUGCAGUAAUGCAAUAUUUUGCAGUUUGCUGUCAGUUUACAGGUAAAGCAGAUUUACAAGUAAAUAUAUAUAUAUUUGACUUUUGAAUUAUUAAUUAAAUAUAUGCAUAAAAAAUUAUUUGCGUUGAGCCCUGAAAUGGUUUCUUUAAUCAUAAAUCUGUCGUAAAUCAGGACAGUAAAUAAAUGUAUUGCAUGUGUGUCUAAUUGUGUUUGUGUUUAUAAUGUAUGGUUUUUAUUUUUGUAUUGUAUUUGUAUGUUUUCUAGUUGCCUUUUAAAAUCUGGCAAGGGGCAACAGAUGAAAAUUUGCAUGUGGGCUAACUCGGACUUAUUCAGCGUCCAUACUGUUGAUUUAUGAGUACUGUCCCUUUUACAAUAAAUAAAUAAAAUAAAAAUAAGUGUGAUUCAUACAUGAUGUUUAAAGUCGUAAAAUUAAUGCAUACCUGCCACGAGAUGGCACUAAAACUCUACUGUGAGGAGGAUUUAUUAAAACAUGCCCAUACAUGUUCUCAUGAAACCUUUACAAAUACUGAUUUUAUAUAUUUUAACAUACUCUUAAAAAAACAAAUAAGCAUAAAAAUCAUAAUAAUAAUAAUAAAUGCUUAAAUUAAAUAAAUUAGGCUACAUGAUACGCAAAAUAGAUGGUUUGA